AUGUCUGAAUCGCAAGGGCAAAAGGGGAAGAAACUGGAUGUUUGGCGUAUCGGGCUCGGAUGCAUCGCUUUUUUUGCAGAGCUGGAGCCAUCUCUAUCCGUCACUGAGCAAAACCUGGCAGACCGAGUUAGGUACAUCCUGCGCUCCAACAUAUUUGGUGACGCCGAACUCGAGCGACUACGACGUGAGGCUAUUCCUUCAUCGAAUGGAAAUGCUACGGCUGGGAAUGCGGCGCCACUAGAUGCGCAACAAACUGCAUAUGUGGAUGCUGCCGUCAACAUUCCAUUUGUGGCUAAUUCAGACGAUGAUGGAAUAGUCUCCCACGAACUAGAGAAAAUGAGGAGCAUAUUGGAAGAGUCGAUGCUGGAAACGCGCAGCAUGCCUCUCGAAAAUCGACCGCGACUUCCCCGCAUACCCCUUAGCAAGCGAAAUCGGGCUGUCGUGCGGGCUCUUAACCCAAUGCUGGUGACCUAUUUGGAAGCCAGCCGGGACCUUUGCGAGACGGAUUCAAUUCUUUUUGGCGCCGCACUGGCAGUAUGCCGUAUUAUUGGCGCCAAACUUCCCGUGGCUGGACGUGCUACUCAAAAAAGUAGCGCCAUCCCAGCCUGGAGAAAAAGAACUGAGGACCGUAUCGCAAAGGCAAGGGCCCUUAUCGGCAGACUGACAAGCUUCAGGUCGGGUAAUAAUAGACCGAGGAUUAUGCGCACCGUUAGGAUGGCGUUUGCUGGGACAAAUAUCAAUUUGUUCCAGCCGGAUAUCACGCAAAAACUAACGGAGCGCAUAGAUGACCUGAAGCAAAAAAUCGCUGCUUGGGGGAAGCGGAUUCGACGAUUUAGCGAGAGGUCAAGGCGGUUCAACCAGAAUCGUCUCUUCCAGAGUGAUCAGAAGAGGCUCUAUAAAACAUUGGAGCGACCAGAGGUAUGUGGAGCGGGCCCAGGACCGGAUCAGGCUGACACUGUCGCAUUUUGGCGUGGCCUGUGGUCAGAGCCCGUAAACCACAGCGAGGGCCCUUGGAUGGAAGUUGUGGCGAGCCAGAGUGCAAGUGUUACGCCUAUGGACCCCGUCACCAUAACGCCUGAAGACGUGGCUGAGGCGGUCCGUAGGGCCCCGAACUGGAAAAGUCCGGGGCUCGACGGGCUGCAUCAUUACUGGCUGAAGGGGUUCGUAGUGUGUCACGCUGUGCUCGCCCGACAGUUUCAAGAGGCUCUCGAUCAGAAGUCGCUCCCGAGCCUCUUCACUACUGGGAUCACUCAUUUGGUUCCUAAAGAUCAGGAUACCACAGACCCGAGCAAAUACCGCCCCAUCACGUACAAAGAAAAACCUUCAGCGCCGUUAGCGGCACAACCGCACGGCAACGAGGUCGGCCCAUUGUUCUUGACCCCGGCGCGUUGCAACACCGGCGAUAGUUGCCAAUCAGUUACCAGUACAGUACAGCUACAGUGCUUGCUGUUGUCAGGCACUUUGCUAUUGAAAGCUUCGUUUAUAUCCUGUUAA